AUGACUCUUUCUUGGCUCUCUUUGAUUAUCCUUUUCGUUUCAUCCGCAGCUCCCGUCUGUGCGCAGAAGUUCGAUUUUCCAAGCCUGAGUUUACACCGUGAGAAAACCCUCCAAGAUCCCAAACGCAGGGUUCCGGUACCCUUAACCAAUGAUUUCGAAACUUUCUUCUUCAACCAAACGCUCGAUCACUUCAACUAUCGACCCGAGAGCUACACCACCUUCAAACAACGGUACUUGAUCAACUCCAAGUACUGGGGCGGUGCCAAUUCUAGCGCUCCGAUCUUCAUUUACCUCGGUGCCGAAGAGCCGAUCGAGAACGACCUAGAGGCGAUCGGGUUUCUACCAGAGAACGCUGCUCAAUUCAAAGCUUUAUUAGUUUAUAUCGAGCAUCGGUACUAUGGUACGUCAAUCCCAUUUGGUAUGAGCUUGGAAGAAGCCCUUAAAGACCCUAAUGCUCGUGGAUACUUUACCUCGUCCCAAGCUUUGGCCGACUACGCAGCUAUUAUCAGAUACAUGAAGGAGGAGCUAAAGGCUAAAGAUUGUCCUGUGAUUGUCGUGGGAGGAUCAUACGGAGGAAUGCUUGCUUCGUGGUUCCGGCUAAAGUAUCCGCAUUUGGCCUUUGGAGCUCUGGCCUCGUCUGCUCCGAUACUGUACUUUGACGGCAUUACCCCACAGGAUGGUUACUUUUCGGUAGUCACCAAGGACUUCAUGGAAGCUAGCAAGACUUGCUACCAAACUAUAAGGGACUCGUGGGCGGAGAUCGAUAGAGUUGCUUCUGAACCUGGUGGCCUCUUACGAUUAAGUAAGAUCUUCAAAACUUGUAGGCCUUUGGAGAGUGGGGAUGAGCUGAAGAACUAUCUGAUAUUACAGUACGCGGGAGCAGCUCAAUAUGAUGAUCCACCAACAUAUCCAGUGGAAGUAAUGUGCAAAGGCAUUGAUGGAGGAAAUACUUCUGAAACAAACAUUCUUGAAAAAAUAUUUGCAGGCGUCGUUGCCUCGCAUGGAAACUCCACAUGCUACAUCGCUCCUCCCACCGGCACUACCCCUUCUCAAACCAAGUUGGGUUGGGGGUGGCAGAGAUGCAGCGAGAUGAUGAUGGGCGUAGGCAUUACCAACAAUUCUAUGUUUCAAGCAAAUCCUUUCAACUUGAGCACCUUCAAUGAUCGAUGCAACAGCUCGUAUGGCGUCGUGCCUCGGCUGCAUUGGAUCACCACUUAUUACGGCGGUCAUGAUAUAGAACAGGUUCUUCGGAAGUUUGGCAGCAACAUUAUUUUCUCAAAUGGACUUCGAGAUCCUUACAGUAGUGGCGGGGUCCUCAAGAACAUUUCAGACACUAUCAUCGCUAUCUAUACACAAAAAGGUUCUCAUUGUCUGGACAUACUUGUAGCAGACCAAACUGAUCCAAAAUGGUUGGUCAGGCAACGAAAAAUGGAGGUUGAGAUUAUAAAAGGGUGGAUCACCAAGUAUCAUGCUGAUCUACCGGCUUUCAAACAAUGA